UGUAUAACAAUCGAUUAUAGGAUAAUGAUUUCCAAAAUCUCGACAAAAUAUGUGUAACGCGUGAACUUAAUCUAACCUAACUUAUUCUAAAAUAAUCUGUGUACAUAUUGACAUACAGAUAAUACUUAUAUACAAAUGGCUUCAGGCACAAAAGAGAUGAUAACCGAAACAACAAAAGUUAAAACUAAAUUUCCAAUGAUACCAGGCACAAAGCCAUCUAUAAGAAAUGCACAAUUGCUUAUUUCAACAGGGAUAAUUUCAUUAGAUAAUAUAGUAGGUGGAGGUUUACCCAUUGGUUCAAUACUUUUAAUUGAAGAAGACAAGUAUGGUCUCUAUGCUAAAACUGCAUUAAAAUACUGUAUGGCAGAAGGAAUAGUUACAUCUCAACCUAUAUUAAUUGCCUCACAAGAUGUCCAACCUUCUCAAUUUGUAUCAGAAUUGCCAGCAGUUAUAAACGAUUCAGAUUUAUAUACAAAAACUAUAGAUAAUGCAGAUGAGCAAAUGAAAAUUGCUUGGCGAUAUCAAAAUAUGAAAAUAAUAGACUCGUCUCCUAUGGCAAAUCAAAUCUUUGGUCAUUACUACGAUCUUACAAAACCAAUGCAACAAGAUCUUUUAGAACAAGCAGAUAUAAAACAAUGGUAUGAAAAUAAUUUACAGUGGCAAAAUAAUCUAUUUGAAAACACUGCAUACACUGACUUGUUAAAUACCAUUCAAGAAACUUUACACAAUGGUCAAUAUUUUAUCUCUGAAACAACAGAAAAGAAGAAAAUUUUAAGAAUUAUCAUACAUUCCCUGGGAUCAAGAUUAUGGCUUUCUGAUACAGAGAAAUCUUCAAAUCGAGAUUUGUUAAAGUUUUUAUAUUGCUUCAGAGCACUUUUGAGAAAUUCAUAUGCAGUUGGUGUAAUAACAGUUCCAAUUAGUAAUUUUGACAACACUGAUGCUGUCAUUGAGAGAAUUGAACAUGUGUCAGACAUAGCAGUCAGAUUAGAAUCAUUUGCAGGAUCUGUCAAAGAGACCAAUCCAUUGUUCAAAGAUUAUCAUGGUCUUUUGCAUAUUGAAAAAUUGUCUGCAUUAAAUACAUUGGCACCUCGCUGUGCAGAAUUUAGAGAUUUAGUGUUUAAAUUACGUCGUAAAAAAUUUGUCAUAGAAGUUCUCCAUUUGCCACCUGAAUUUGAGCACACAGCACAACGGGAGCAAGAUGAGACAGUAUCCUCUAGUGGAUGUAUGAGUGGAUCUCAUAAAAAUAUAUUAGAGUUCUAAGUUUGAAUUUUAUAAAAAUUUGAAUUUGGUAAGUUAAUAUAUAUUUAUGUCUAUUUUAAUCAGAAUAAAGAUUUUACAA